GAUACGAGGUGACAGUCCUCGUAUCAGUUAAAAAUCAGUGUAGUGAAUAACACAGUCUUAAAUAAUUUGAAAUUGCUUUGUGCAGAUUUGUUACUAGAAGACAUUUCUGUACUGUGACACAUUGAUUUGUCAGGAACCCUUCUUAAGUAGUAUGUAAUUCUAGAGCAAAUUAUGAAUAAAUUUUUCUGAUACGAGGGUGUAAACAUGUGCAGAAGAAUACAUUUUGAUCAGCUUUACGUAGGCGAGCGACAGCUAGACAGCUAGAAAAGCUGCUUAGGACUGUUUUACAACCAAGUACUUUUAUAUUCUUGUCGGGGAAACGAAUAGUUGUAGUGAAAUACUGUGACUUUAUUAAAAUGGUACUGAAUAUUGCAUCAAAUAUAAAAUUCUGUGAUUUGUGUGAAGUAUGCGAGAAUAUUAAAAAAAGUCCCAAAGAAAAGGCAUGUUUGAUUCUGAGGAAAUACAUCACUGAAUAUAGAAAACUAGGAGAGAGACUGAAAACAGAGGAUCAACAGGCAGAAAUCAGCUUCUAUCCAGUGCUAAGGCUGUUGAUACCGAAGUUUGAUAGAGAAAGAUCAGCAUAUGGUGUUAAAGAACAUGCUCUGGCUAAGAUUUAUAUACGCAUACUUUGUCUUCCUAAAGGUGGGAUGGAUGCAGAAAAACUGCUGAAUUUUAGAUCUCCAAAAGCUGGCGUGAAUCAGGCAGGAGAUUUUGCGGAAGUGGCAUACUUUGUUCUGAAAAACCAUUGCGGAGAAGGAAAGAAAUUUACUGUGGAAGAUGUGAAUUCCCGUCUUGAUGCACUGGCUCAGAAAAAUGCAGCUCAUGAUCGCAGUUGUGCUGACUCAUCCUCUAUAAGUGACAUUCGUCUAUCAAGCUGUUCCUGCCAUCGAGGAGGAAUGGAUGAUGAGUUGACACUAUUAUUAACUGGAAUGUCUAAAAUGGAACAGAAGUGGUUAAUCAGGAUGAUACUGAAGGACAUGAAGCUUGGUGUUGGCCACAUUGGUAUUUUCAACGCAUUUCAUCCUGAUGCCUCAGCACUGUAUGAUGUAUCAAAUGAUCUAAGCAAGGUCUGUACCCUCCUUCAUAACCCAGACAGGCGCCUGCAUGAAGUGGAAAUAACUAUCUUCUCUCCUGUUCGACCAAUGUUGUCUGAACAGUGUGAUGUUCAGAAGGUGGAAAACUGCAUGAAGAACAGUGCCUUUUAUUAUAUAGAGACAAAACAUGAUGGAGAAAGGUUUCAGAUUCAUUUUAUGACUGGCAAAUUCAAGUAUUUUUCAAGAAAAGGCUUUGACUAUACAUACAUUUAUGGCAGCAAUGCAAUGACAGGAGUUCUCACGCCACUGUUGUCGAAACAGUUGCAACCUGGUGUUCAAAGUUUCAUUAUUGAUGGAGAGAUGAUGGUCUGGGACAAGAACAUUGUCGCAUUUCGAUCCAAAGGUGACAACAUUGACGUCAAGUCAUUACAACCAUGCUAUUGUGUGUUCGACAUACUUUUUUAUAAUGGUGAAGUUUUGACUAAUAAGCCAUUGUGUGACCGUAUCAAAUAUCUCAACAGUCUCAUUACUCCUUGUGAAGGGGUUGUGUUACAAACAGAAAGAAAUAUAGUGAAGACCAAGGAUGAAGUGAUAGAAUGUUUAAAUGAAGCCAUUGACAAUAAAUUAGAGGGAAUAAUCCUUAAAGAUCCAGAGUCAGUGUACAAACCAAACUCGAGGAAAGCUGGAUGGUUCAAAAUAAAGCCUGAGUAUACAGGAGGUUUAAUGGAUCAAGUGGAUGCCAUAAUUAUUGGUGGUUACUAUGGUGAUGGGCGAAGAAGAGGAAUCGUUAGCCACUUUCUUUUGGCUGCAGCUGUUUCAAAAGAUGGAGAGCCAGAGGAGUUCCACUCCUUAGUACGUGUUGGUUCAGGGUAUACAAUGGCUAAGCUUGAGGAACUUAUACAGAAGAUGAAACCACAUUGGAGGAAAUGUUCUCCUGGGGAAUGCCCUCCAGGUAUUAUUUGGACAAAAGAGAAACCAGAAGUAUGGAUAGAGCCAAAAAAUUCUUAUAUUUUGCAGAUAAAAGCAACAGAAAUUGUUGAAAGUAGCUCAUUUAAAGUAGGAUAUACUUUACGGUUUCCACGAGUGGAAGAAAUACGCUAUGACAAAAAGUGGACUGACUGUAUUACUGUGUCAGAACUGACAGACUUAUGGCAAAGGGCAUCAGGGAAACUCUACAGUCGGCAUGCUUACUCUAUUGAUCCUGAGGCAUCUUCUCCCAAAAAGAAAAGAACUUCGAACCACCAGCCGCAGCUUGGAAAGCAGUUCUGCAGUGCAGAUGUUUCAACUGCUACAAUCAAAUCAACUCUCUUAGAGGGAAAGGAAUUCUGUGUCAUGUCUGACUACAAUGGCAUGACAGUGCAACACAUUGAAACACAAAUUUAUGAAAAUGGAGGAAAAUUUGUCAAAAAUCCAGGUCCUACUACAUUUUGUGUGCUAGCUGCCGAAAAAAACAUUCGAGUGCAAAGUCAUUCCAAUUCAAAGCAGUACAAUGUUAUACACACAGAAUGGCUUUUAAAUAGUGUAGCAAGUCACAAGCUACUUCCAUGGACUCCUCAAAAUAUUAUUAGUGUGACUCCAGAAACUGAAAGAGAAAUAAUGUUGCAAUAUGAUGUAUUUGGCGACAGUUAUACUGAAAUAUCCACUAAAGAAAACUUGAAAGAACUGUUAUCAAAACUGGAAUCUAAGGUUUCUGUUCAGAAGAUAUCAGUUCACGAAAUGGCAGAUAUGGACAUAGAACUGUUUUCAGGACCAAGUCCAAUGGGAAUUUUUAGGCUAUGCAUUGCAUACUUUGAUAUACCCUCUGAGGAUGACUUUGAAGCCUUUUGUGUAAGGAAGAGUCUUGAACUGCAGAAAUUAGAUUUUGAAUAUUACGGGGGAAUAGUGAGCAACAUGAUUGAUGAUGGAACUACACAUGCUGUUGUACACUCAAGGUGUCAAACAAGGCUUGAAGAGAUCAAAUUAUUAAAUAGAGACAGAAGGAAAAAAAUUCAUAUAGUUAAUGAAAAAUGGAUUAAAGACUGUGUGGACCAACGUCAUCAGAUGGAUGAAAGAAACUACUGAUCAUGUAUUGUGUGUGUGUUAAACAGUAUUCAUUAAAUAAACUGUUACAGUUUUGUAUACCAGUUUAUAUUAAAGAGUUAAAAUUA